AUGACUAUGAUUAAAGCUCUGCUGGACAUGAGGAUCAUACUUCUGCUGUACUGGCUUGGGGUGUUUCUGUCCUUUUGUGGACACACCGAGGCUGACCACUCCAGAUACCACAGUCCCCCAGAAGUGGUGAUUCCUUUGAAGAUACUUGGCACUGGCAGAGGCAUGAAGCCUUCAGACUGGCUCUCUUACAGCCUGCAUUUUGGGGGCAAGAGACACAUUGUCCACAUAAAGGUCAAGAAGUAUUUGCUGUCCAGGCACCUCCCAGUGUUCACCUACACAGACCAAGGUGCUCUCCUUGAGGACCAACCCUUUGUUCACCAUGACUGCUACUAUCACGGUUAUGUGGAGGGGGACCCAGAAUCCUUGGUUGCCCUCAGUUCCUGUUUUGGUGGCUUCCGAGGAUUGUUACAGAUAAAUGACAGUGCUUAUGAAAUUAAGCCCAUGACUUUUUCUACUAAAUUUGAACAUUUGAUAUUUAAAAUGGAGAGUGAGGAGUCUCAGUUUUCAGAAAUGAACUCUGACUUUGUGCUAGAGGAAAUUUUACCCCAACUGGAGUCUCAAGAGAUUAAUAAUUUCACUCAGAAGCAAACUGGUUAUGGGAGCUGGUGGCGCCAUUUUUUUAUUGUUGAACUAGUAGUGGUGGUGGACCAUACUCUAUAUCUUCAUAUAAAAAAGAAUAUUUCAAAGUAUACUGAAGAGCUAUAUACUAUCAUAAAUAUAGCAGAUUCCAUUUAUGAGAUAUUAGGUAUUAGAUUGUUAUUGUUUGGUAUGGAGUUCUGGACUAAAAAAAACUACAUUGAAGUUAAUGAUAUAAGGAGAUCUCUGAAAUAUUUUUGCAUUUGGAAAAAUGAUAACCUUGCUCCCCGCCUGCCACAUGAUACUGCACAUCUUUUUAUGCAUAAACCAGUAAGAGGAAUGAGUGGUUUAGGUUAUGUUAGAGGGAUGUGUCAACCACGUUAUAGUUGUGCAAUUGUUACUAUGUUAAACAGGUCCUUGACCUUGGUUGGAAUUGCAGUAGCUCAUCAUAUUGGCCAUAAUUUGGGUAUGUUUCAUGAUGGUGAUUUUUGUACAUGUGGACACUUAAGAUGUAUAAUGCAUACUUCAAACCCACCAAUAACAACAUUUAGCAAUUGUAGUCUUUCUUUUUUUUGGUUAUAUACUAUACAUGAAGCAAAAUGUAUGCUCUACGAGAUAUACACAAAGGAUAUAUUUUCAAAGAAGCGCUGUGGGGAUGGUAUUGUUGAAGAAGAAGAGGAGUGUGACUGUGGACCUUUACAGAAUUGUGCAAAAGAUGCCUGUUGUCUAUCAAACUGCACUAUGACUUAUGGGUCUACUUGUGCUCACGGACUUUGUUGCAAAGACUGCCAGUUAUUACCAUCUGGAGAAAUGUGUAGAAGAGAGGCCAAUGAAUGUGACCUUCCAGAGUGGUGUGAUGGAUCAUCUCCUCAGUGCCCAGAUGAUGUGUAUGUGGAGGAUGGAAUUCCUUGUAAUGAAAGUGCCUAUUGCUAUGAGAAGAGAUGUAACGACCGCAAUGAUCUGUGUAAGCAGAUUUUUGGCCCAGAGGCAAAGAGUGCAAGUCAAAAUUGCUACAAAAAUGUAAACACUCUUGGUGACCGUUUUGGUAACUGUGGUAUCAACCAGUCUUCAUAUGUAAAAUGUAAUAUCUCAGACAUCCUGUGUGGGAGAGUUCAGUGUACGAAUGUGAGAGAAAUUCCCCUUUUGAGGGAUCAUUCUACUGUGCAUCAGUAUCACUUCAAUGAGGUCACCUGCUGGGGUCUCGACUACCACUUUGGGAUGCCCAAACCUGAUAUUGGUGAAGUACAAGAUGGCACAGGGUGUGGUGAAGAACACCUCUGCAUUGACAGGAAGUGUGUCCAUAUAUCUCGCUUGGAUAGUAAUUGUUCACCUGAGUUCUGCAACAUGAGGGGCAUUUGCAACAACAGACAUCACUGCCAUUGCAACUAUAUGUGGGACCCACCCAACUGCCUAGUAAGGGGCAAUGGAGGUAGCGUUGAUAGUGGCCCACCCCCUAAGAGAGAAAAGUUUAACAAAAGUUAUGUGUUAUGGUUCUCGCUUUUAUGGUUGCUUCUCUUAUUAUGUUGUCUUCUUUGCCUUUGUCUGAAGAGAAAAAAGGAGGAAAAAGUUCCGACUCAACCUGCAAAGCCAGAGCAAAAGGUUCCGAGUGGGACUGCAACGCCAGCGCAAAAGGCUCCAAGUGGUACUGAAAAGCCAGCGCAAAAGGCUCCGAGUGGGACUGCAACGCCAGCGCAAAAGGCUCCGAGUGGGACUGCAAAGCCAGCGCAAAAGGCUCCACGUGGGACUGCAACGCCAGCGCGAAAGGCUUCGAGUGGGACUGCAAAGCCAGCGCAAAAGGCUUCGAGUGGGACUGCAAAGCCAGCGCAAAAGGCUCCUAGUGGGACUGCAAAGCCACCUCAAAAGGCUCCGAGUGGGACUGAAAAGACACCUCAAAAGGCUCCAAAGUCUCCAAGUCAGACUGCAAAACCACAGCAAAAUGUUCAGAGUCAAUCCAGCAUAUCAGUUCGCCAGAGUCAAAGUGGGAAACAAAAGUCAUCAAGCGUAAAAAGUGCACCUAAAUAA